GUGGCUCCAAAAAGGGUCGGGCCAUAAAUCUCCAGCACUUUUGAGAAGCCAGGCAGAAGCAGAAGGCAUCGAUCAGUAGUGAUGAACAUCUAAUCUGGACGUCCUGCUCAAGAUUGACACUGCGCAGCGGCGAGCUUAAGGUCAAAAGAGUUCUGGCAUAACUGGAUUGCUCUCUUCAUUUGCAGUGGAGGAGCAAAAAGAGUGAGAGACGUAAAAGACAUCUGUUGUUCUUCCCUCCCAUCCAUGAUGCGGGACUCUGUCUUCAACUGCUGUGUUUCUCCACCUCAUCCUCCUAGAGGAGUGGAGGAGCCCCACCAACACAGAAGCAGAGCUCAGGCUCCGCCCCAUAACGACAGGCGUUUCCUUAUAUUCUUUGACUUUGACGAGACCCUGGUGGACGAGUGCAGCGAUGACUCUAUGGUUACUGUGGCGCCUGGUGGAGUCCUGCCCGGCUGGUUGAAGGACACGUACCGUUCUGGCCGCUACAAUGAGUACAUGCAGCGUGUGCUGGCUUACCUCGCCGAACAGGGCGUCACCCCGGCGGCUAUUCGAGGCACAGUGGAGAAACUCCCUCCCUGCCCAGGCAUUCCCACUUUGAUGCAUUUCCUGCUCUCCCAGCCUUCAAGGGACUUUGAAGUCAUUUGUGUGUCAGAUGCCAAUAUGGUCUUCAUCGAGACGUGGCUGCAGCACCUGGGCUUCCACCCGCUCUUUCUGCGCAUUUUCACCAACCCAGCUCACUUUGAUGAUAAAGGGCAGCUGCAGCUUCGCCCCUUCCACUCUCAUGAGUGCCUGCGAUGCCCUGCGAACAUGUGCAAAGCAGUGGUGGUGAGGCAGUAUGUGGCCCAGCGUGUGCGAGAGAGGGGCGGACGGCCGUAUCAGAAGGUUUUGUACGUGGGUGAUGGGGCCAAUGACUUUUGCCCGUCACUCACACUGUCACCGGGUGAUAUAGCAUUCCCACGCCGGGACUUUCCAAUGCACAAACUGAUCCAAGAGAUGGAGGAAGCCAAACCUGGAGAGUUCAAGGCCAGUGUGGUACCCUGGAACAGUGGAGAGGAUGUCGUCAACACCCUGAAGAAGAUAUUAGAGAGGCCCUAAACAUAUACAUGCACCUAAAUGAGGCCUUAAUAAUGCGUAGGGCUUUCUAGAGUACAUUCCAAACUCUUUUGGUUUUGCCAAAUAUGCAUCAACUUAGUUCUGUCUAGAAACUGCCAGGCUGUUAAGGGUCUAU